UUAUAUAACGGUAAACCUUGUUUAUAAUUUUUAGUAAUUUCAAAGUCUUUGCCUUAUAUUGAUACAAACCGUAUUUGUCAUGUGGCAUUUUCGCAUCUGGACACGCUAAAGCAUUUGCAUCUGCGUUACAUUUAUUCAAUCUCCGCGUGCUAACUUGGUGUACUGAAGAUGAUCUAAAUUGCGGAUCGAUCGAAACGUUUUGAAGUACAACGCAGUAUUUUGUCAAGAAGUCUCAGUCACAAACAGUCAUUAGACACAUUACGAUGAAGUACAGGAUACAAAAGAAAAAAAGUAAAAAAAUACAAUGGCCUCAAUGGAUUGCUGCUAUCGGAGUUAAUCUUCUUCAGCUGCAAAUGGGAUUGAUAGAGGUUUGGAGUUCACCGUAUAUUGCGUAUCUGACUUCCCCUGAAUCUCACAUCCCUAUGACAAUAGACGAGGCCUCCUGGGUAGUUUCUCUAUUAAACUUAGGCAGGCUAAUUGGCGCCGUUUCUGGUCCUGUUGCAAUCAACUAUCUCGGUACUAAAACAACGGUCUUCGUGACGAGUUUACCAAUAACUAUAUGUUGGCUCUUUAUAAUUGUGGCUAAUCGAGUGGAAUGGCUCUACGCAGCCAGGUUACUAGCUGGCAUCAGUAUAGGAAAAAUGUACAACUGCAUCCCGCUUUACCUGGGCGAGAUCGCGGAUCCUACCAUUCGCGGAGCUCUAGGUGUCUUAGCUGUAAGUGGAUUAUCAGUAGGCAACCUAAUAAUGAGCAUCAUGGGUGCAUAUUUAAGUAUGACGAUGAGCGCUAUCAUAUGCUUCGUCCUAUGCUUCAUACUGAUAGUCAUUUUCAUUUGGUUACCCGAAUCGCCGCACCAUUUUGUCAAGAUUAAAGAGGAAAAUAAAGCACGAGCAUCGAUACUCUGGUAUCACCGUGAUUGCGACGUGGAUUCGGAGUUGCAAGCGCUAAAAGACUUCAUCGAAAAGAACAGAAAUUUACCAUUCACGGACGUUAUAAAAGAAUUCAAAAUUCCGUACAUUUGGAAAGCGCUACUGCUCGUGUCCAUGCUGUUCAUAUAUCUUCAGUUGUGCGGCAUCAACAAUGUGCUAUUCUAUUUGGAAACCAUCCUGCGAAACGCCAAAGAAAUCAUCAUAGACCCGUCGGUGAUCGUAAUCAUUGUCACCGCUAUCGGAAUUGUUGGCUCCAUGCUCUCCAUAUUCCUGAUCGAUAAGUUCGGCAGACGGAUACUGAUGAUCAUCUCCAGCUUAGCUAUCACAAUCUCGCUAAUCUGCCUGGGUACACAAUAUGAGCUUCUCGACGCAGGAUAUAAUCCCGCCAAUCUUCAGGCUCUAGUCAUUUUUGCGGUGUUGCUCUUUCAGAUAUCUUUAUACUUUGGCAUCGCUUCGAUACCCAACAUAGUAUUGGGCGAGAUCUUUCCGCCACAUGUUAAGUGCGUAGCCGGCUGUUUCGCGAGCGUCAUCGGUGGGAUAUUUUCCUUCAUCUCUACCUCAACAUAUGAGCCUCUAAUCGAUUUGAUCACGGAAAAAUAUUUAUUCUACUUAUACGCUUUGCUAUUGGUAACCGCUGUACCGUACACCUAUUUCUGCAUGCCUGAGACUAAGGGCAAGUCGUUGCAGCAGAUUCAAGAAAAAUUGAUUGGAAAAUCUGAACCGAAAUGUUAAGCUCGACUACAUUGAUGAUCCUGAUAAUCAUUAAUAUAUUUAUAGGAUCUACAGGAACCUCGUAGCAAAAUUAUAACUUGAUUUCUUACAUUUAUUACAAGAGUAUUUUCAUGAUACGUCCGUCGGUGCUGAGUAAUGCUGCGGUACCAAUAAUAAUCUAACAAAUUGCAAACACAAUGAAAUAUUUUCACUUUGAUUGAACAAAGCUGAAUCAUUUUAUAGGAGAAUAAAAGUUGUAGAUUCAUGAAAAGCAUCUAACAAAUAUGUAAUGAUAUUUAUUUAUUUCUAUUCAUUGUAUAUUAUCUCUGCACAUGCAUUAAACUGUGAAAAUAAUUUAAUUCGUUAUUUUAUUAAUUAUAUAUGUGUAUUAUUUAAUUACUAGAGAAUAGAGAUAGUAAUAGAGAUAAGUACUGAAACACAUAUUUAUUUGUAAGAUAUCCGAGGGGGAAUUCACAACCCAAAAUUUUGUACACCAAUGCCGAUUUUUGGCAUUGCUG